AUGAAGUGCAAUCCGCUGGCGGGUCCUUUGAGGGUUUUGUUAACUAUUUCGCGCAUCCUUGCGUCAGCAGCAGCAGCUGCUGCAGCAGGAGCAGCAGAAGCUGCAGCAGAAGCAGCAGAUGCAGCAGCAGAAGCAGAUGCACUAAUCGAUCCAGCAGCAGCCUCAGCAGCAACAACAGGUAAAGCAGCAGCAGCAACAGCAGCAGCAGCAGCAGCAACUCUUGGGGGGCAAGCAGCAGCAAACUUGCAUCGUCUUGCUGCAUGCGCCCGCAGCAGCUCCUCAACAAGUUGUGGGGCUUUACGUCUCGCUGCCUUCCAACAACCGGGAUCGAAAGGAGACGAUCCCGAUCCCGGAGGAGACGAUCCCGAUCCCACAGGAGACGAUCCCACAGGAGACGAUCCCACAAGAGACGAUCCCGAUCCCGGAGGAGACGAUCCCGAUCCCGGAGGAGACGAUCCCGAUCCCGGAGGAGACGAUCCCGAUCCUGGAGGAGACGAUCCCAGGUCUUGUGUUGUUGUUGAAUUAUUUUGUGUCUCCUCAAGAGCAUCAACUUCUAACCAAAUUAUCUGCAAAGAGGUGGGAUCGUCUCCUCUGGGAUCGUCUGCUGCUGCAGCUGCUGCAGCUGCAGCUGCAGCAGCAGCAGCAGGAGCAGCAGCAGCAGCAGGAGCAGCAGAAGGAGCAGCAGAAGGCAGCAGUCCUCCCACCGGUCCGCAGCAGCUGCAGCAGCAGCAGCAACAGCAGCAGCAGCAGCAGCAGCAGCAGCAGCAGAAACAGAAGUAUCAGCAACAGCAGCAGAAGCAGCAACAGCAGCAGCAGGAAUGCCAGCUGCAACACACCAUGGAUACAGCCGACGAAGGCGGGGCCACUGAGCCCCCCAUGCCUGCGGCCGAGGAGGCCGAGCAGCAGCUGCAGCAGCAGCAGCAGCAGCAGCAGCAGCAGCAUAAUGAGGAUCCGCAUGAUGCUGGCAAAGAAGCUGAAGGAGAUGAAGAUGGAGGAGAUGGGGAGGAGCAGCAGAUGGACGAAGACCAGCAGCAGCUGCAGCAAGAGCAGCAGGAGCAGCAGGAGGAGCAGCAGGAGCAGCAGCAGCAAGUAUCUGAUGGUGCUGCAGACCGUAAGAGUCGUAAGAAGCGUCGUAGACACUCCAAAGGGGAGCGGAGCAGCAGCAGCAGCAGCAGCAGCAGCAGCAAUCGUAAGAAGCGUCGCCUAAAGGAGAAGAAAUCUAAUAAGAAGAAGCGCAGCAGCAGCAGCAAGCGUGCCCGUCAUCAUCAUCAUCACCAUCAUCAUCAGCAGCAGCAGCACCAUGGUGACCACAACAACAGCAGCAGCAGCAACAGCAGCAGCAGCAGCAACGAAGACAGCUCAGAGGAAGAAGACAUAGAGGAUGAGGAAGCAAUACUAAGAGAAGAGAUGAAGGGUUUUAUAGUAUCAGAGGCGGAGAGUGAUGAUAACAGCAGCAGCAGCAGCAGCAGCAGCAGCAGCAGCAGGGAAGGAGACGACGAAGCACCAGCACUAGAUGAGGAGGAUCUAGAUCUUAUUGCAGAGAAUACAGGUCUCCUUGUUGGGUCUGCAGGGGGGGCCCCCCUGUCCCGUCAUCAUCAGCAGCAGCAGCAGCAGGAAGGGGAGGAGGAGGAUGACAGGCAGCAGCAACAGCAGCAGCAGCAGCAGCAAGAGGGAGAUACAGAUGCAGAGGAUGGGGCUGUGCAGCAGCAGCAGCAAUUCCGUCGUCUUAAGAAAGCAGCAGCAAGAACAGCAGCAGCAGCAGCAGGAGCAGCAAGAGAUGGUGAUGAUGUAGGUAUAUCUGCUGCAUCUGCAUCUGCUGCUGCUGCUGCUGGCAGCAGCAGCAGCAGCAAAGGAGACACCUUAUUUGAUGGGGAGGCAGAGGAAGCAGAGGAAGCAGCAGCAUGGGAGGAAGCAGAGGAAGCAGAAGAAGGAGAGGAAGAAGAAGAAGGAGAGGAAGAGGAGGAGGAAGAAGGAGAGGAGGAGACAGCAGCAGCAGCAGCAGCAGCAGCAGCAGGAAGCUCGCAAAGACUUGCUGAUGUCUGGUCUCUUGUCUAUGAUUGUUUUGGAGACAUCGAUGCUGUUAUCAAUAUCUUAUGUGAUAAUCGUCCCCGUCCUCGUGGUGAUGCGGAUUUGCGUCGGUCUGAGGAACGAUUAGCCCUAGAGGAGCGUCGUAGUGCAUCUGCUGCUGGUGGUUCCUCCUCUUCCUCAGCAGCAGGAGGAGGAUCAGCAGCAGCAGCAGGAGCAGCAGCAGGAGCAGCAGGAGCAGCAGCAGCAGCAGGAAAAAGUUGCUGGGAACGUAUAGGGGAGCCUGAUGAAUUAUGUGUAGAUCUAUCAACAGCAAAAGAUGUUGCUAUUGCUGCUGCAGAUACACCAGAAAGAUUACAACUUAGAUAUAAUAAUAGGCCUACUCCCUCCAAGGCAGCAUUAGCAGCAGAAUCUGUGUGGAUAUCCCGUCAGCUGCUGCAGCAAUUUGCUGCAGAUUUAUCCAUGGAUAGAUUAGUAGAAAGAUACGAGGAGACAUUUAGUGGUUGCUGUUUGCUGCAGCGUCCUGCUGCAGUAGAUGUACAGCAAAAAGUAUUGCUGCUGCUGCAGUUGCUGCUGCAGCAAGGGUACGAAAUAUUAUUUAUACUGCAGCAGCGCAUGCAUCUACUGUCUCCUCCCCUAACAGAGGCAAUGGUAUGGCGGAUCUAUGAUCUAGAUAGGCAAUAUUGGCGAUUAAGAGCAGCAAAGAUUAAAUUGCUGCAGUUAGGAGUUAUACUGCAGCAGCAGCAGCAGCAGCAGCAGCAGCAACAGGAGCAACAGCAGCAGCAGCAGCAGCAGGGGAAAGAAGGGGACCCUUCUGCUGCUGCAGCAGCAGGAGCAACUAUUAAGGAGACACUACAAGAGAUGCUAAGAGAUGUAGAGACAGAACAAGACAUAGAGGAUGUACGCAUGCAUCUUAUUACUUAUUAUCAUCCGCAGCUUGCUGCUGCUGCUGCUGCUGCUGCUGCUGCUGCUGCUAAAAAGCAACAUAAUGAAGAAAUAGAGGAAACUUUUGGUGAGGAAGACCAGCAGCACCUGCAGCAAGACAACACAGAUGGGUACAUGCAGCAGCAAGAAGAAGAUGAUGGAUACUAUCAGCAGCAACAAGAAGAGCAGCAGCAAGAAGAACUGCAGCAAGAGCAACAGCACGAGCAGCUAGCAGCUGAGGAUGCUGCUGGUAACGAGCAGCAGCAAAUGCAUCUAGGCAGCAGCAGCAGCAGCAAUGAUAACAACAUGUGGGCCUCUACCCAGGACGAGGCCACCGCAGCAGCAACAGCAGCAGGAGCAGCAGCAGAGGCAGACCCUGCUACACUGUCUGCUAUCCCCUUGGACCCGGUACAAGGAGAAGCUGUUGCUGCUGCUGCUGUUGCAGACUGGCAGCAGCAACAGCAGCAGCAGCAGGAGCAGCAGCAAGGCACAGGCGAGCAGCAGCUGUCUGAAGAUCAGCAGCACGUGCUGCGCGACUUGCAGCAGCUGUACCUGCAGCAGGGUGACGUGCAGCAGCAGCAGCUGCUGCAGCAGGAGCAGCCGCUGCAGCAGCAGAAGCAGCAGCAACUGCAGCUGCCGCCGCAGCAGCAGCAGCAGGAGCAAAUGGAUAUAGAGGAGCCGUCAGGAACCUCUCAUCUAUUUCGUGAAGAAGAGGUGCUGCAGCAGCUGCCUCCGGAAGCAGCAGAAGCAGCAGAAGCUGCAGCAGAAGCUGCAGCAGCAGCAGCAGCAGCAACAGCAGCAGCAGCAGAUGCAGAUGCAGCAGCACUUGAACAGCAACAUGGGGAAGCAGCAAAUGCUGAUGAUGGUGCUGCUCUUGUUGAUGCUCUGCAACAGACUGCAGCAGAAGCAGCAGCAGCAGACGGACACAACGUUGAAGGUACCGUCCUAACGGACUCAGCUGCUGCAGCAGCAGAAGCAGCUGCAGCAGCAACAGCAGCAGCAACAGCAGCAGCAGCAGAAGCAGCAGCAGCAGCUGCAACAGAUGUUUCUCCUGCAGCAACUACACCGCCUUCCUCCCGACCUCAUGCUUCUAAGUGGGACAUGCCACCGCAGCAGCAGCAGCAGCAGCAGCAGCAACAGCAGCAGCAGCAAGAGGGCGAGAGACAGUCAAGAGAAGCCGAUACUGGAGACAGCAGCAGCAGCAGCAGCAGCACAAAAGGUGCUGCUGCUAGGCCCUUCUCUUCUCGUUGGGGGCAGCGCGAGCCGAAGCCAGCAGCAGCAGCAGCAGCUGGGGGACAGAAGAGGGGUUUAUCUGCUGCAGCAAUAGCAGCAGCAGCAGCAGCAGAAUAUUUUGGUGUACCUGACUCCCAAGACACUGCAGCAGCAGCAACAGCAGCAGGAGGAACAGCUGUAGAUCAGCCAGCAGCAACAGCUGCAUCAACAGCAGCAGGAGCAGCAGGGGCAACAACAGCAGCAAAGACACGGUCUCCUGGUGGUCUAUCUGCUGCUGCAGUAGCAGCAGCAGCAGCAGCAGAAUACUACGGAGACACUUUCUCUCAAUCAGCAGCAGCAGCAGCAGAUGGUGGGUCCAUGGCUGUAGAUGGUCGCCCUAGCAGCAGCAACUGGAGCAGCAGCAGCAGUAGCAGUAGCAGCAGCAGCACCAGCAACUGGAGAAGCAGCAGCAGCAGUAGCAGUAGCAGCAGCCACUGGAGCAGCAGCAGCAGCAGCAGCAGCAGCAGCAGUGGGUGGGGCCGGGGCCCCACAGGGUACAGGAGGCCCCAUAGGGCCCCCUAUGAGCUAACAGAGGAUCAACUUGCUGCAGCAGCAAGAGAGGAAGCAGAGCUGCAGCAGCUGCUGGCAGAAGCAGAGGAAGAAGAAUGGGCAGAAGCAGAAGCAGCAGCAGCAGCAGCAGCAGCAGCAAAUAAACCUCUUGCCUAUAAGGAUAUAUCUCCUGCAGAUGCUAUAGAGAUAUUCCCUGAGUAUACACAUAAACCCUCAUGGCUACCAUGGCAAGAUACAAUAAGAAGAGAGCAGCAGCAGCAGCAGCAGCAGCAGCAGCAGCAGGAAGAAGAUCCGCUGCUGAGGCCAAAGAGACUGCAAGAGAUUCUUGAUAGAAGAAGAGAUAAUCCUGUUGGCUCCCUCUUCUUACAAAUUCAGCAGCUAGAGAAGCAAGGAGAAGGUGUAUUAGUAAUUCAUCCAUUAGGAGGGGAGACACCUCCAUGGAGACAGGAGGGUUUUGCAAGGAGACACGCAGAGGCGCUGCAUGAGCAGCGUUUGCUGCUAGGCCGCAGCAGCAGCAGCAGCAGCAGCAUCAGCAGCAGCAGCAGCAGACUGUCUCUGCAGCAGCAGCAGCAGAGGCAGCAGCAGCAAUUUAUUGAUGGUAUUAUUAGUAGUAGUAGUGAUCAUAAUCAUAGCAGCAACAGCAGCAGCAACAGCAGCAGCAAAGGAGACAGCAGCGGCUAG